CCGCUAUCCAGUCCCCCCCGGCACCGGAGUGUCCACCGCUGUCCCUUUCCUUUGCUGCACAUGCAGUGCCACCUAUUUCCGGUCCCCCGGUACCCAGUCCACCCUGUUAUACGGUACCGGGGUCUGUGACUGUUUCUCUUGCCCCAUCGCCGUGAGCUGGAGCUGGGCCUCGGGCUCUCCGUCCGCCGAUGGCCGGCCUCCCGCUGGUGAUUCUCGGGCCGACCGGCAGCGGGAAGUCGCGAUUGGCGCUGGAGAUCGGCCGGAGGCUCCGGGGGGAAAUAAUCAGCGCGGACUCGAUGCAGGUUUACAAAGGUUUGGACAUCAUCACAAACAAGGUGACUCGUGAGGAGCAACAACUGUGCAGACACCACAUGAUCAGCUUCCUGGAUCCCCUCGUUUCCUAUUCAGUUGUCGACUUCAGAAAUAAGGCACUGUCGAUAAUCAAAAAUAUCAUAGACAGACAGAAGGUCCCAAUCAUCGUAGGAGGAACCAACUACUACAUCGAGUCACUGCUUUGGAAAGUGCUGGUUGACACAAAGGAAGAGAAGGCUUUCUCUGCUCCCGACCAUGCGGCUGGGAGUCGAACACCAUCACCCAAUCGGAAGGAGGAACUGGAAAAACUCGACUGUCAAGAACUCCACAAACGACUGGCUGAAGUUGACCCUGAAAUGGCAGCAAAAUUGCACCCACAUGAUAAACGCAAGGUUGCAAGAAGUCUGCAGGUCUAUGAAGAGGUUGGAGUUCCCCACAGCAAACUUCUAAUGAAACAGCGCCAGGAAGAAGGAGGAGGACCCCUCGGAGGAGCACUGCGCUUUCCACGGCCUUGUAUACUCUGGCUGCACGCUGACUUGUCGGUCCUUGAUGAGCGUUUGGAUCAUCGAGUCGAUGAAAUGCUGGCUGCAGGCCUUCUGGAAGAGCUGAUGGGCUUUCAUACUCUAUACAACCAGCAGAAGAUAGCCGAGAACAGCCAGGACUACCAACAUGGCAUCUUUCAGUCAAUUGGAUUCAAGGAAUUCCACGAAUAUCUGACCUCAAACAGCAGCUGCACUGAGACCAGGGAAAAGCUGCUGAACCAAGGUAUUGCUGCACUCAAACAAGUCACAAAGCGUUAUGCAAGAAAGCAAAACAAAUGGGUCCGCAACCGUUUCCUAAAAAGGCCAGGAGCUAAUGUUCCUCCUGUAUAUGGUCUGGAUGUGACUGAUGUGAGCAAGUGGGAGGAAACCGUGCUGCAUCCUGCAUUGCAGAUCCUUGAAAGCUGCUUAAAGGGAGAGGAGCCCCCAGUAUUGCCUUUAACCGUGGAAUGUGACCAAAAUGAGGAGAAGAGGAAACGGCACGUGUGUGAAUUGUGUGACAGGAUCAUCCUGGGUGACCGGGAAUGGAAGGCUCACCUCAAAUCCAAGAAUCACCAGUACCAUUUAAAGAGGAAGAAGAGGACUGAGGCACAAUUAAAUACACAAAGCUCUUCUGACAUCAGCAGAAAUAUCCCACAAGAUGCGUAGAAUUUCCAGUGUUCACCGCUGUGUCGCAGUCUAUCCCGGGAUAUGAUGAAACUUGUCUGGAUGGUGCGAUGCAGGGACUGAGCCUUGGCUGUGUACUGUGACUUACUGUUGAGUCUGCAGCACAGCUUGAUGUGAACUGGAGACACUGGCAUCAAGAAGCCUCUGCUACUGCCUCUGUUGCUGUCUGUCUACUGGUUCACCACAGGUUGCAGAGGAAUUGAUUUCAGUUUUGUUUCUAAAUUGUGUGCUGUCAGAGCUUCCUGCUAGUAGGGAGAUUUCAUGAUUUUAUUGAAAGUUGGAGACUUGUGAUUUGGGGUUGGACAGAUGCCCGAAGGAUUUUCACAUCUUCCCUGUGACUGCACCCCCUGGUCAAAAGCAUAUCUCCAAUAUUGGUACCAACUAACAAAACAAAAGGGUUCAAAGAAAAUUAAAAGGAAAGAACAAUAGUUUUUAUAAAACCAAUGAUUUUUCUGAUGUCUUUGCUCCCAGUGAUGGAGAACAAUCUUUAGUUGAUAACUUUACCCUGAUGACAGGCAGCAGUAGGGGCAAAGAACAAAGAAAAUUAUAGCACUGGAACAGGCCCUUCGGCCCUCCAAGCCUGCGCCGAUCAAGAUCCUCUGUCUAACCUGUCAUCUAUUUUCUAAGGGUCUGUGUCCAUUUGCUCCCUGCCCAUCCAUGUACCUGCCGAAAUAUAUCUUAAAAGACGCUAACGUGUCUGCGUCUACCACCUCCGCUGGCAACGCGUUCCAGUCACCCAUCACCCUCUGUGUAAGGAACUUUCCAUGCAUAUCUCCCCUAAACUUUCCUCCUCUCACUUUGAACUCAUGAGCCUGAGUAAUUGAGUCCCCCACUCUGGGGAAAAAGCUUUUUGCUAUCCACUCUGUCUAUACCCCUCAUGGUUUUGUAGACCUCAAUCAGGUUCCCCCCUCAAUCUCCGUCUUUCUAAUGAAAAUAAUCCUAAUCUACUCAACCUCUCUUCAUAGCUAGCACCCUCCGUACCAGGCAACAUCCUGGUGAACCUCCUCUGCACCAUCUCCAAAGCAUCGACAUCCUUUUGGUAAUGUGGCGACUAGAACUGUACACAGUACUCCAAAUGUGGCUGAACCAAAGUACUAUACAACUGCAACAUGACCUGCCAACUCUUGUACUCAAUACCCCGCCCAGUGAAGGAAAGAAUGCCAUAUGCCUUCUUGACCACCCGAUUGACCUGCGUUGUCACCUUCAGGGAACAAUGGACGUGAAUACCCAGAUCUCUAUGUUCACCAAUUUUCCCCAGGACUUUUCCAUUUACUGAAUAGUUCGCCCUUGAAUUUGAUCUUCCAAAAUGCAUCACCUUGCAUUUUCCUGGAUUGAACUCCAUCUGCCAUUUAUCUGCCCAACUCGCCAGUCUAUCUAUAUUCUGUUGUAAUCUCUGACAAUCCCCUUCACUGUUUGCUCCUCCACCAAUCUUAGUGUCAUCUGCAAACUUGCUGAUCAGACCACCUACACCUUCCUCCAAAUCAUUUACGUAUAUCACAAACAACAGUAGUCCCAGCACAGAUCCCUGUGGAACACCACUGGUCACAGGUCUCCAAUUUGAGAAACUCCCUUCUACUACUACUCUCUGUUUCCUGUUGCCUUGCCAUGUUUUUUUAUCCAUCUAGCUAGCACACCCUGGACCCCAUGUGACUUCACUUUCUCCAUCAGCCUACCAUGGGCAAUCUUAUCAAACGCCUUACUGAAGUCCAUGUAUAUGACAUCUACAGCCUUUCCCUCAUCAAUCAACUUUGUCACGUCCUCAAAGAAUUCUAUUAAGUUGGUAAGGCAUGACGUUCCCUGCACAAAACCAUGUUGCCUAUCACUGAUAAGCCCAUUUUCUUCCAAAUGGGAAUAGAUCCUAUCCCUCAGUAUCUUCUCCAGUAGCUUCCCUACCACUGAUGUCAGGCUCACCGGUCGAUAAUUGCCUGGAUUAUCCUUGCUGCCCUUCUUAAAUAAGGGGACAACAUUAGCAAGUCUCCAGUCCUCCGGGACCUCACCCGUGUCUAAGGAUGCUGCAAAGAUAUCUGUUAAGGCCCCAGCUAUAUCCUCUCUCUCUUCCCUCACAACCUGGGAUAGAUCCCAUCCGGACCUGGGGACAUGUCCACCAUAAUGUCUUUUAGGAUACCCAACACUUCCUCCUUCCUUAUGUCAACUUGAUCUACAGUAAGCAAACAUCUAUCCCUAACCUCAACAUCUGUCAUGCCCCUCUCCUUGGUGAAUACCGAUGCAAAGUACUCAUUAAGAAUGUCACCCAUUUUCUCUGACUCAGAGCAUAACUUUCCUUCUUUGUCCUUAAGUGGGCCAAUCCUUUCUCUAGUUACCCUCUUGCUCUUUAUAUAUGAAUAAAAGGCUUUGGGAUUUUCCUUAACCAUGUUUGCCAGUAAUAUCUCAUGUCCUCUCUUAGCCCUCUUAAUCCCUUUUUUCAGAUUUGCUCUACAUUCCCGAUAUUCUUGCAAAGCUUCGUCUGUCUUCAGUCACCUAGACCUCAUGUAUGCUUCCUUUUUCCUCUUGGCUAGUCUCACAAUUUCACCUGUCAUCCAUGGCUCCCUAAUCUUGCCAUUCCUAUUCCUCAUUUUCACAGGAACAUGUCUCUCCUGCAUGCUAAUCAACAUCUCUUUAAAAGCCUCCCACAUAUCAAAUGUAGAUUUACCUUCAAACAGUUUCUCCCAAUCUACAUUCCUCAGAACCUGCUGAAUCUUGGUAUAGUCGGCCUUCCCCCAGUUUAGUACUCUUCCUUUAGGACCACUCCCAUCCUUGUCCAUGAGUAUUAUAAAACUUACGGAAUUGUGUUCGCUAUUUCCAAAGUAGUCCCCUACAGUAAUAUCAACCACCUGGCCGGGCUCAUUCCCCAACACCACAACCAGUAUGGCCCCUUCCCGAGUUGGACUACAUACAUACUGCUCUAGAAAACCCUCCAGGACACACCUUACAAAUUCUGCUCCAUCUUGACCCCUAACACUGAGUGAAUCCCAGUCAAUGUUGGGAAAAUUAAAAUCUCCCAUCACUGCCACCCUGUUUCUCCUACACCUUUUCAUUAUCUGUUUACAUAUUUGUACCUCUAUUUGUACCUCACUGUUGGGAGGCCUGUAGUACAGCCCUAGCAUUGUUACUGCAUCCUUCCUGUUUCUGAGUUCUACCCAUAUUGCCUCACUGCUUGAGUCCUCCAUAGGGCCCUCCUUCAGUAAAUAUGACUGCUCCUGGCUUAUAUCCCUCCAAACAUUUCCUAUUCAUAUAUCCAUCCAAAUGUCUUUUAAAUGUUGUAAUUGUACCCGCAUCCAACAUUUCCUCAAAGUUCAUUCCACACACGAACCAUCCUUGGUGUAAUAGCCUGGAUUGUCCUCCCUCCACGGCCAACACAGCAGCCACCGUGACUCAGUCUGGAUAACGUUCUGCUCGUCAGCUGCAGCCAUCUUCCUGUUGUUACCGGUCUCACUUGACAAACACUGACACACAACUGGCAACAGAAAGAGUGUGAUCUCUCAUCUUAACCCAAGAGAAAAUAUCGUCACAAGAAAUAAUCAACUUUACUUGGAAAUCAUGUCUGUCACAAUAAAUUGAGACAUUUGGCAUGGCCAUCAAUUCCACCCAGUGUAUUAUUGCAUUUCCAGUCUAAGGUGAAUACAAUUCCACACAUUACAGAGUAACAGGAAUUGUCAGUUACCAUAUUGAGUAAUUACUCUGUCAAUUACACUUGGCAUACAGAGGAACACAGCCUUGAUAAUGGGCCUAGGGUCCAAAUCACUGAUGGCAACUGAGGACAAGGCCAAAUCUGGAAAGUCAUUGUGGCCUGUGCUCUUGUGGCUGAACUCAAAGUAUCUCCUUGUUCCAAAUGGAGAGACCGCGAUCUCCCUGAAUGAAUUACUUUUAUUAUUACACUGCAUUCUUUCAGAAAUGUUCAACUGCACAGUUCGUGACAAUUGACAGCAGGUUUUCAUUAUGUACAGGAAUGGGGUUUUGUUCCGUUCCAGUUUGGUGCUGUAUAUGCUGACUGUACAAUUAGCCACACAGACUGAGCCCAUUCCAGACAGUUCACUUACAAAGCUAUUCCGGUUAUUUCGAAGGUGGAUCGUGACUGUUUUAUAUCCUGCUGGGGAGCCCUCGCUCUGCUUUCAAGAGUGUCCCCCUAGAUUCACACAGAAUAUGAAGCAGCAGCAGUUAAAACACUAUUUUUAUUCAACCCAUGCCUUUGAAUUUUGCCAAUAUAUCAGUUUGGGCCUCACUUUCAUGUCUGGAUUCAAAACUUAAUCCUGUGGCAGGAUUCUCAAGACGCUGUUUUGGAAUUUUGGCAUCAGUUCUGGCUCAAAUGUUUCCUGAAUAAACAACCUUAACAAG